AUGAACUUCCUGCAACAAAGCAACGCAAUCCGGGUCAACGUCACACGCCGAACUGAUCCAGAGAUCGCUUAUAUUCUGCAGACAUUCUCCGGUCUGCCAGUCCAUCCCAUCUUUCAACACAACCGCUGGCCACAAAUCACCCCGGCCCAAUGGGUGCGCAUCCAACCGGCACUGGUCAUGGCCUCGUUCUUUAUAACUUGCCCACUCGCAGAGGACUUCUGGCACGGGGUAUUGUUUGGUCCCACACUGUUGGAUAGGAACUCCCUCGGACAGCCCAUCACUCGUUUCGACCUGGUCUACAACUCCUCGAUCGGAAAUCCAGUCCCACCUCCCGAAUUGCACAAAGUUCACCAGAUUCUCGCGGAGCUCCCCCGAGCUGUUACGCUGUUCAUCAGAACUCUACAGGAUGAUAACGUGUAUGGGUUGAACGAGACAAUCUCUUUGUGGCCCUUCCAGCACGGCAGAAAGGGGUAUCGAAGUCGUGUCAUUCUGGCGAGCGAGCUCCUCGAUCUAGCUGAGAUUGCCUCCCGUGAGGAGCGGCUCAGAAUAUGGUCGAGUAUGGCGAUAACUCUGGCGCAUGAGACAGCUCAUGCACUCUACUGUUCUUACUAUGCACUUGACGAAGAAAUGGUCUUUCGUGAUAGUGACAAGUCCGAGAUUGGGGGCGCUUUUGAGGAGUGGGUUUUUGGUGGAUCUGGACAGGAUUCUCGAGUCACCGAUGAGCAGGUAGUGAAUAUGUUCUAUCAGGUGCUCGAGAAGCAUGGUAUUUUCCAUCGAUGUCUUUCAUAG